AUGCUGCGCGAGUACAGCAAAGCCACGCUUUACACUACGCAGUUUAUGCUUGGGUACUUGACAGUCGUCGUAUAUGCCUUCUUCCGCAUUGAUCAAAUCUACCAGUUGACCACAUUCCCAAUGGGUCAAGUGGACCAGGAGACUACUCUAGGAAUGGAGGCCCCAAGCGUGGGUUAUGGCCAGUGGCCACCAGAAGACAUUGAAAGAGAAAAUGGCAAGCUUGGUGUCCGCUACGAUAUUCUCACGUCUAGGGGCAUGAAUAAGAAGGGGCCUGUAUUUGCGUUGUUGUAUCCGGCCUCCAGUGAUCAGCCUUUCGCAUAUGGCGACAAGGAAUUGUCACAAGUACCUCCAGAGUACGAGGAUGGCUCUCUCCUUCCGAGGCCUCGAAGAGUGAGUCGCAUGGACAACUUCACUGGUAGCGCUUACCCCGAGCGACCUCCGCGGUCGGAAAGGACGACCAUGUUUAUGGCUUAG